UCUCCGAGUAGUUAAAUGUAUCGGAUGUAACUUAUUUGCAAUCAUUUUUACAGGAUGAAGAGCGUUUUUCUAAGGUUGUUGCGCUUUGUUUUAGUUCUUCUAGGCUCGCAUCACGUGUAUGGAAAGAAAGAAAGGAAGAAAUCAAACUGGGUAGCGCCCAGACCCCACAUCAUCAUGAUCGUCGCUGAUGAUCUGGGCUGGGAUGACGUCAGUUUUCACGGAUCGCCCCAGAUCCCUACUCCACACAUCGACAAACUGGCCAACGGUGGAGUGAUCCUUAACAGUUAUUAUGUAUCACCGAUUUGUACUCCUACCCGGACCUCUCUCAUGACUGGAAAACACCCGGUCAAUUUAGGAAUUCAGCAUGCUACCAUAUUUGGCACGCAACCGUACGGUCUUCCGUUAGGUGUGGCUACCACCCCUCAGUACCUUAAAGCACUUGGAUACAGGACACAUGGCGUGGGCAAGUGGCAUUUGGGAUUCUUCGAAAAGGAAUACACUCCAUCCUACCGCGGCUUUGAGACCUACUAUGGAUUUUGGAAUGGAAAAGAAGACUACUGGGACCACUCCUCACAGGAAGACGUAUGGGGGACAGAUCUCAGAGAUAACAUGAAGCCUGUGAAGAACGAAACCGGCCAUUAUGGAACAGAAUUGUUUGCAGAAGUGGCUGAACGAAUCAUUGAUACUCACAACAAGUCUGAACCACUAUAUCUGUAUCUUGCUCAACAAGGAGUUCACUCGGCCAAUGGUAACGAGCCCCUGCAAGCACCAGAAAGACUUGUUAAUAAAUUCCAGGAUAUUAUAAUGGACGACAGAAGGACGUAUGCUGGGAUGGUAGCUUCAUUGGACGAGUCCGUUGGAAACAUAACGAAAGCUCUUAAAAGGAAUGGAAUGUUUGAUAACUCUGUGAUCGUUUUCACAACCGACAAUGGAGGCGCUCCGAGAGGAUUCAACUGGAAUCAAGGCUGUAACUACCCUCUAAAAGGAGGUAAAGACACAUUCUGGGAGGGAGGGGUCCGUGGAGUGGGAUUUGUGCAUAGCAACCUGAUCAAAAACAGAGGCCGUAUCAGUUAUGACUUGAUUGACGUCACAGAUUGGUUACCAACCUUCUAUCAUCUGGCUGGAGGUGACGUCAACAAGAUAAAAGACAAGAUUGAUGGCGUAAAUGUGUGGGAUACAAUAGCGAAUGGAAAGAAAUCCCCAAGAAAGGAGGUCCUCCACAACAUUGAUCCCAUCCGUAAAUUUGCAGCUAUUCGAGUAGGUGACUACAAACUGAUUAUUAACCAGGACGCUGUAUUCAACACAACCUGGCAUCCGCGUUACGAAGUCGAGGGAGGACUGGACUCUCUUUCCCAGCCCUCUACGUUGCCCGGUGCUGUUAUUAAGUGUGGUAGGCGACCCAGGAGCAAAAGGGAUGCUUGUGACACUAAUGAAUUUCCCUGUUUGUUCAACGUUAGAAAAGAUCCCUGCGAGUAUAGAAAUCUUGCGCACAUUCACCUUCCAAAAGUUAGGAGGCUCCUUCGUAGACUCAUUCAUUACCAGAAAAAUGCCCUUCCCGUGUGGUUCCCUGAGAGGGACCCUACCGCCAGCCCUGCAGAUCACGGAGGUUACUGGGGCCCAUGGAAAUCCUCAAAAGGUAACAAGGUUAUCUUACAAAGGGUUCUCGACUCCAUCCCGUCUGCGGUGAAUGCGAAGAGACACUCAUCUCAAAUAAACAGCACUGUCACUACGACGAGGAUUGGAAAGGUGUUCAGCACACACGAAGAACACGACAAAGGAGUCUAUCAGAUGUUGAAGUCAAUUUUAAAAAUUACAAAUGCAGGAAAGAAGGUUCAGAUUCCUCGUAAUGGCCAUUUGAUGAAGGAGUCGUUAGCUUUGUUGUAUGCCAAGAUGAAACAGAAAACUCAAGAGGACGACUUGAUGCACAAAUUGCAAAUGAUAAAGAAAGCAUUAAUAGCCGAGGAUGUUGUUGUUAAGUCAAACAAAGGAGGGAAGGAGACUUUAGCCACUAAAUUAAGCCAUAUUGACACGUCCUCAGUUAUUAGGAAAUUAGAAAAAAUCGCGAAUAAACCUCGCAAGGUGGAGAAACAAGGAACACGAAGAACAGAAAUAGGAAACAUUGCAAUUAGAGAUGACGAAAUUUUAAAAAGUGAACUUGAGAACUCCUCAGCUGACGAUAGUGAUUCGAUAGACGACGAUCAAUAUCCAGAAGGGAUGUCCUCUUUGAAAGUAACAUCAAACGCUGAACAAAAUAAUGGCGAUGACGAUGAUUUAAUGAAUAUCAGUGCAGACAUUGACACUACUGACCCAGCAGAUAGUGUAAGUGAUUUGCUGGAGGACUCUUCAAACGAAUACCCUGCCAGUGAAGGUCAAACAUCCGCAACAGGAUCUGAAAUGGAAUUUUUUGAAAGCAAUCGCACCGCUGAUGAAUAGUCAAAAGCAAUUCUUACCGGGUAGGCGGAAGAGGCACCCUGGGAACAAGUUUUGCAGUAAUCGUAACCGUUCUCAUCAUAUGGCUGGAUCCAUAUGCAGGUCAUGGAACCUGAAUUUUUGCUUGUUUUUCUUUUGUUUGCAUCUUUCAGGCGCGCACAGGUGGGUGCAAGGCGAAAGCGAAGAGCGAGUCAUUUGAGUCCAUUCGAGUGUGGCUUACCCAUCAUUCAUGAUCACACUCGUAGCGCGUCAUGCUUGCCUCCCCAGUUCUGCUCGGCGUAGAGACAAAAAAUUACACCUAGUCUAUAGGCUACAAAUGAGCAACACGAAGUAAAUCAAUUUUAAUCUUUUUGAGUAUGGGUAAAUAUUUAGGGCUUUGCAAGCCAGUUAUGUUUUCGACAUUUAAAUCUUUUGAAAGCAGAUCUCCGAACUCUUUUGCACGAAGUGGAGGGAGUUUUCUCGACAGGAAAUUCCCGUAAUGUAAUGAAAAUGAGCCAUACAUUCGAAGCCCCAUGUUCUUCUAAUUGGCGAAACACGCGUGUUCUUUCGUUUUUAUUCAUUUUUUCUUUCCUUCGGAAUUACCUACACUAAUUAAGGGAGCAGUCGAACUAUCUGCAAUUUAGAGAAAGAUCACUAACUAUCAUCUUCUUUGUAUGGUUUUUCUUAUCGUAUUUGACACAACCUAGAAAGUUACUCAUAACAUAUAUUUAAUUAACAUUUACAAUCAAAAUGAGAAAAAAAAACUUUCAAAGAUAAAAUAUUUUAUUGCCUUUUUUAUCACUUUGAAGUAGAUAUAGGCCUCAGCUCUGAGCCAAAAUAAAUUUUAUUUUAACCCUUG